GCGGAGUGCGAUGCGCCGACAGCCUCGCCGACUUCCGCCCCCUCGGUGCAUCAAUACCCCGAGGCGAAGUGGGACUUUUAUUGGCAGGGCUUGUCGGCAUUUGAACGAAUACGCCGCCUUUUGGACGUAUUUGAUGAUUUUCACCGACACAGAUUCGGGCAACGGAAAGGCCUUGCACAGUCGACGUGACACCGUGCUGUCGAAUGGCGAAGCUCCUGGAGGGAAAGGUGGCAAUCAUCACCGGCGGCGUGACGGGAAUCGGUCGAGCGAUCGCGAUUGAAUACCUUCGGCACGGCGCUCGAGUGGCAGUCAAUCACUUUCCGGAUGGAAAGUCGGCCCAGCUUUACGAAAGCCUCGUUCAAGAGGUUGGGGAUGCUGCGGAUGCCUUGGUCGCAGUUCCGGGAGAUAUCUCACAGCCGGACACGGGCGAGGAUCUAGUCACGCAAACGGCGGGGAGAUUCGGAGACAGGCUGGACGUGUUUGUGAGCAAUGCGGGUAUAUGCGAGUUCGCUGAUUUCUUAACCAUUGCACCCGACUUGGUCAACAAAACAAUAUCCACCAACUUGAAUGGCGCCUUCUUUGCCAUCCAGGCCGCUGCGAGACGAAUGGCGACACAAAAACCUCCCGGCGGCAGCAUCAUCGGAAUGUCCUCCAUAUCGGCACUUGUGGGCGGCGCAAGACAGACACAUUACACUCCUACCAAAGCCGCAAUCCUGUCGCUCAUGCAAAGCACGGCGUGUGCAUUAGGUAAAUACAACAUCCGUUGCAACGCCUUGCUACCCGGAACCAUCCGGACGCAAUUGAAUGAAGGGGAUCUUGCGGAUGAUGAGAAGCGGCGGUAUAUGGAAGGCCGCAUUCCCCUUGGACGUCUUGGGCAGCCGGCAGACCUGGCUGGUCCGGCAAUCUUUCUUGCGAGCGAUAUGAGUGCAUACGUGACCGGUGCCCAGCUGUUGGUUGACGGAGGGCUGUUUGUUAAUCUGCAAUAGCCACUUCGUACUUGUUGCAUUCGUCAUCUUAACAAUUACCGCCUUUUUGUGUGGUAGACUUAUCUGUG